AUGAAGGAAGAAGACGAACAGCAGGCGCUGUUCGACGGCGGGAAGAAACUCAGCUCGAGGUACCGCGGAGUGUGCUGGAACAAGAAGAACAGGAGGUGGCAGGCGGCGAUCAACAGCUCCGGCAAGUACCUGUACCUGGGUUCCUAUGUGUCGGAAGAGGAGGCCGCCAGGGCGUUUGACAGGGCCGCGGUGCGCAUCCGGGGGAGGAAGGCCAGGAUCAACUUCAGAUUCGAAGACUAUGCGGACGAAGACCUGGAGACUUGGCACAAUGAGCUCCACUCCAAGGACCCCAAGGACAACCGGACCAAGGCCAGCAAGACGCCGGUGCCUCGGAGGAUGCCGUCCGGUGGAAUGCUCCCCGAUCUUGCCAUUCAAGGCGUCUCUGUCCUGAGCGGGGUGCCCAACGGACACGGGGACUUGGUGUAUGGUGGCGGAAUGUUCUCGGAGUCGAGCGCCAAGGGCCUGGGGCGACCCGGCAGCGGGUACCACAGCGGCCGCCUGGUGGGAGGCCCGCAGAAGCAGGGCAGUGGCCCCAUGUUCAGCGACGCUCAGGGGGUUCAGGGCGGCAAUGAGCACUUGUGGGGCCCAGUUAUGGAGGUUUCUCAACCAGGGGAGUGCGGAGGCCACGAACAGGUUGCCCUGACCGCUGCUCCAAAGCAUGACGAGGCUGGGGCGAAUGCCUUGUAUAUUGGAGGCGACCAACCAGGGGUCAACCAGUCUGUGCUGAUGGAUUUGGGAAAUCGACAGCCGGUGCUGGUUUUGCCAAACUCUCCUCAGCGCAGCCAACAUGGGCAGCCCAAUGCAGGUGGAGAGACGUCAACACCCUCUGGAGCAUUUGGGAGCUCUUUCUCCACAGGUGCCGCAUCAGGUCAAGGGGUGGGUGACCAUCAGAUUCCUUCUGGAGAUGGACAGGAACACAACCCCCUUCCGCAAGAUUCCCAGAUUCUGAAGAUAAUUCCCUGUAGUUUGGGAGUGUUUGGGGUGCUGUACGUGCGACCUGGGCACAGCGGUAUGGGGGCGGCUGUGUGGGAUGGGCGUGCCAUUCAUGAUAUGGGCAUGUUCAGCACCAAAAUCGAUGCAGAACGGGCUUGCAAAUCUGGGACAGACCUAAUUGUGAGGUUUCACUUUGGAACCAUGAAUGCUCCUCUCAGCAGUGGCAGUGAGGGUGCAUGCAUAUUGGCAUCCUUAGCUCAGAACGAGAAUCAGCUGCAAGCACAGCAGGGGCAGAUGCUGCAAGGGAGGCUUCUGUCAAGCGCUGCAAGGCAGGCUCCUGCAAAGGGUCAUGUGGAUUUGGUCAACAGCAACCUUGGAGCAAGUAAUGAACGAGAUGGACAGGUGUCUGGCAAUGGUGGGGGAGGGAACUUGGAACGGCCUGCCUGUGUUCCUGGCUUUAAUUCUUCACAACAGAACUUGCUUAGAUUGCUAAGUAUUGGGUCUGAGGAUCUCAACAAGUACAUCUGCCAAAUGCCAACAGCUGGCCAUGACGACUCUUUGGCAGGUGUAGUUCCUGAGCACAACAGGAGUGUCACUGCCAUUGCAGAAAUGAUCAAGCAGGACAAUGGCAACCUGGGAUCGUUGCUGCAUUGGGACAGUUGGAACAGCUCAAUUUUGGGGUUGCUCUCAAAAAGUCACAGCCCAAGUCCUGGCGCUGCUUUAGACAACACCAAGCGCAGCGAGGACAAGGAGCAUACCCCGUUCAGCAGGGAAAUUGGUGCUGCUGUGGAUGCAGAAUCUUCACAGCCGGCAGGGGGAGCAGGUGUGGAGCCUAUGACUCUCAAUGCGACAGCAGUGCCCAGCUGGCUGAAGGACCUCGGUAGCCUUGCUGAGCUGGGGUCAAUAGCAUUCCAGGAGGGCGCAAAUUUGAGCUGCGUCGUCCGGCCAAACGACGAUUGUUUCCUUCUACAACAGCAAGGAAGUGGUUUUGGGAGCGAAGUGGGUGAAGCUGGGGCUUCUGCUGCGGCUACUGCAGGCUCGGCUGCCAAGUCUUCUCUUUCAGUGUUGCCAAGGUCAACCUCGGUGGAAAAACACAAGGCAGACAACCCACUGUCUUCCAUGUAUCGACACAACCUAAGCAGUGACUAUGAUGAGGUCAUCGACUGGUUUGUCUCUCGCCCGCAGGGUGGUGAGAACAGGAAGUCCACGGCCGACGGGCUGCACAUAAAAUCAGAAGAAGGAGCUGCUGCUGGCCGAGAUGGCCGUCAGUAUGCCAAUCAAGCUCCCCAGCCUGUGGCAAGAUCAACGUCUCAGGGAUCCGAGGGACCUCCUGGUGUAAGAAAGAGGAAAGGACUCGAAGGCUGUGAAGAUUUGAUCACGACCAAGAGACCCAGGCUGCCUUGA